UGCAGUGGGCGAGGCUUUGCCGGGCACAACAGCGCCACUUUUGAGCGCUCGUUUACAUUGUCAUCAAAACCAGCAGAAGUUAUCAGACUGCAGUCAAGCUUCACCAAACAGUUCGUCGACGACCAUUUAUAUGUGGAAGGAUCAGAGAUGGUUCAAGACAGUGCCCACAUUCGACGGCAGGGUGCCCUGGACUUCAUGGCUUACUAUGACUUUGCCUGUGCCCGGCAGGAAUCAGUCCCUCUACCUGCUGUUAAGAUGAAGCUUGACAAAGGGAUGCUGGACUUUAAUGGUGACAGGCUCAAACUGACUGACUGGCCACCUAUUCUCAGUUCUAUAUCCAUCAACAAGCACUUGCAUCACAUUGCAAUAAGCAGCACAUAUCAGGCUAGUCUGGGUUCUGGAGAUGCAGAUAGAAGGUACUUUAAAUCUAGCUUCAGGAGGAGGAUCCCAGCUGUCCGGUCUAAGGACAUGACUUUAAAACUGUGCAAGGCCCUGAGAGAUUGUCUGAUAGUUUCCUCCAACCUCAAGACUUUGCAGCUUAAUGGACUUCCCCUGAGAGAAAGGGACCUCAUUAUAUUGACAAAGGGCUUGUCCAAAAGCACUUCCCUGGAAAACCUGUCUCUGGCAAACUGUCCGAUCACAGAUGAGGGCUUAGAGGUCAUUUGCCAAAGUGUUAAGUAUUCUACAAGCAUCAGGUCAAUAGAUUUCACUGGAUGCACCCUUACCUGGAGAGGGGCAGAGCAUAUGGCCAACAUCAUCAAGCACCAAGGAAUGCAGAGGCAUGGCACAGCGUGGGCAGAGUCUUUAAGGUAUCGACAGCCCCAGUUUGAGGGAAUGGGAGGUCUCCGCCGUGUCACCCUUAACUGUAACACUUUGAUUGGGGACCGGGGUGCUGCUGCUCUUGCACGUGAACUGACUGAAGACCUCUGGGUUAAAGCUGUGGAUCUCCAGAAAUGUGGUCUGUCCAAUGAUGGAGCUCGUCGCUUGCUGGAAUCCUUGAAAACGAAUUCUUCCCUGUGUGUGCUGGACAUCCGUAGUAACCCCUUAGUUGAUAAGGUCCUUAUUAAAACUAUAAUAGAGAAAGUGCUGAUGAAUGCUGAUGGACAAUCACCAGAGUACUGCUGGAUCAAGCCUGCAACUACAGAGUCAUCAAAAAGUUCUGGAGCAAAGAGAAGAACACUGCCCAGAGGAAAAGCUGCAUUUAGGAUAGGUACUCAUAAAGGAGCAUGCUCUGGAGGAUGGACUUUAGGUGCUGCUCAGACACAGAAGGCCUAUUCACGCUCCUGUUAUGUGCCUUGGCGUGCUGCUGCACGAGCUGGACGCCAGAGAGGUCUGCCACCUGGAGUGACUGUGAUAGGCCAAAGCUUUCAGGGUGCAGCUACUGUGAAGGUCACUAUGGAGUCUGAUUCAGAGGAGGAGGAGGAGGAGGAGGUGGAAGUGGAGCACAGACCAUCUUCUCUAAGGCUUCAGGACAGGAUCACUGGACGGCAGUUUGAACGCUUGCAGAUGGAGCUAAAAGAGUGUCGUUUGAGGCUGGCGGAGGAGCGCAGGGCCAGACUGAAAGCCGAGUCGAGGCUCAUGGAGUAUGAAUUGGAAAAUGCCCGACUCCGUGAUGCCAACCGCUCCCUGUCGGAGGCGCUAGCAGCCACUGGUUCGGUAUCAGCACCACCUGCUUUCAGUGCUCUUGAAGAUGAAGCCGUGCUCGAGAGCAUCGAGAGCUCUUUCACUAAGUUUCAUGCCUUCCUGGAUCUCCUCAAGGACGCUGGCCUCGGUCAGCUGGCUUCAAUGGCAGGAAUUGACAGGUCAGAUUUCCAACCUCUGGGAAGACCUCAGCUGUCCUCUACAGUCGGACCACAUUUGGAUGGUGCAGCAUCUCUGGCUCGGGGAGAAUUUGUGGAUGUCACGGCAAAGACUGAUGCAGUGUCUCUGGUGAGCAGCGUCCUACCUGCGCCACUUAGUGGCCCGGUGGACACCACAACUCCCAGGUCUCCAUCCUCUGUCAGAGCACCCUUGCAUAAAGACAGGCUUCUAGAUGUGACCUUCACUCAGGCUUCAGGAGGUGCAGCAUUCCCUGGCGUAGGCAGAGAAGAAGAGCCGGAUCAAUAUUCACGGCCUGUUGCCCAGCAUGACUCAGUUUCUGAGCGCAAUUUCCUCAGCCAAAAGUCCUUUGAUAAUAAUUCCUUUGGUAAAACUUUCCAGGCCCAACCAAGCCACCCUAAAAGCAACAACAACAAUUCUCACAGAAGCAACAGUCCCCAUGGAUACAGCUUCAACAACAGCGAAGCUUACAGUCGUGCUUCGCAUAGCAACGGGUCUCAUGGCGGUUCGUCUGUAAGUCUUAGUGACGUUAUAAGUGACAAGGCAGAGUCGGUGGAAUCAGUAGGGGCAUGGAACAGGGGAAAGGGAAGGUCAGCGACAGUAAGUCAGUCAGAGUCAGAAGUGUUACAGAGGAAAGCCGAUGCUGGGAGGGGUGUUCUGGGGCAGCUCGGGUCUCUGCAGGUUCUGGGAGGUCAGGCCGAUAAUGAGUCCUUCUGAGCAGCUGACCAGAGAAAAUGAAAACUACUGUGUCUGUUCUCUGUGGUUUUCCUUCAAGUUCUUUCUGUUACCCUAUGACGUUGACUAUCGAUUUUUUUUUUUACACAAGGAUGGAUUUAUUUUUAUAAUCUUUGGAAGACGAAACACCACAAUUCUUACAAUUUCAAUUUUAAAAAAAAGCAAGAGAAGUCAGUUAAAAAUAUAUGUAAGCCAAAAGAGAGGUCGGUAGUUUGUUUUAUUCAGGGAUGGAGACAACUGUGUCAAGAAAUUGAAUGCAAUGUAUUUUUUUAUGUUAUAAAGUAUGGGGACGUGCAGAAUAACACUUUCAUUCAGUAAACGGAUUGUUUGUGUCCGAGUUUCUAAGCUAACCCCACCUUAAGCAAAUUUAAAAUCUGAAAAUCAGGUUUCUCUCAGUGUGAUUCUAAUUUGAGCUCAAACCAGUGUCAAAAAGAAAAUUCAGCGUCAAAGCCAUUUCAUGGGAGCUUUAAGUAAAAAUUCACACCUUGUUUCAUGUGUUUUACACGAUGCUUUUGAUAUACGUUGAUUUUUGUCUGUUUUUUAUCAAAAUGUUGUGUUGUAGGAUUGUAUCAUUUGAUGUUCCUGUUAGGAUACCCUGUUCAGCUCUUCAAUUUAUAUUUUAUAAUAAACAUGUUUGCUGGUUAACACUAAA